AUACAGAGACGUCUUUCUUUCGCCCGUAUUGUGUCUCUCUCUUCACACAGACUAGCACGACGGAAACAAUCUACUGACCGAGGUCAGAGUCAAGAAACCUUUAGAAAGAUGUGGGCGAGUGUACAGUUUCUGGUGUUCAUGGUUUCGGUGCCCGUAGCGUCUGCCUUAGAUGCCGGUAUCCCCAUUUCCGCGAUUCUCGGUUUCGGCGGUGUCGGUGUUUGCUGGGUGUUCAUGUGUUGCUUUUUUUGCUUUUGUCAACGAGGCGAACGUGAACGAAACGGGCCGACAUACCCUACAAGACCCGUGCCGACUUAUACCGUAUCCCAGCACAUCAGUAUGAGUCCUACAGGAGUGCAGAACAACGCCUUUACUCCUGAGCAGCAACCCGCCUUCAAUCCCCUGUACCCCCCUGCUUACAACCCACAAGCUUUACCCGUCGUUAGCUAUCCAGCUAACACCACUGCAUAUCCUCCCCCUCCCCAAUACCCUCCCUCCUCAGCCCCACCACUAUCCCCUCCUGCCGCCCCCUCCUCCCCACCCCAAGAUUUCCCCCCUCCACCGGUUUACGAAGAUGCUGCGAAAUCGCCUCCUCCUCAACCACCACCACCAGACUCUCCCUGAGUGAGUGUUCAUCCACGGUACGCCUGUAUAUGGAGCUCCAUAUGUUGAAGACACCGCCGCCAAGUCAGACAGUAGUACCUUCUUCCAGACAGUCGUCUUCGCACAGACGAACCGGCUUCACUCCACUAACCUUUUAUAUAGCUAGUCCCUACCAGACUCCAUGGGUUUCUGGAAAAAUACCAAUGGUUACACUAUGACCGGCCAACUCUGGAAAAUUCUUCAGUCUAUUUGGCCACUUUGGGGAUUUUGUUUUUCAAGUAACCCACGGAGUCUUGUAGACAUGGACCGUACUUAAGCUGGGUUCGUAUUAGCGCAACUAAAUGACAUAUCAUCUUAGACCAGCUGGCGUUGUACCAAUCUAACCAUAAUGUCAGUUUUGAAUUAUGGAAGCUGUUUCAGCUAUUACUAGUACCUCCAAGAUCCAAAUGCUUUUACUUAAACUAUCUAUGCUGGAA